UAAAUUAAACUAUUGUAUCAGCUUUCUCAUUUAUCCACAAGGGGUCUUCUUAUUGUCUAUUAAUAGAGGAGAGAUGUGUCAUCUUCUCAUUAACCAAUAACCAAACUUUUCAUAUACACAAAUAUUUACAUAUGGGAAGGUCAAACCGUUCAUCUCAUCUUCUUCUUCUUGUUAUUCUUCUUCUUCAUGUUCUUUGGAUAUCACCAGGAUAUGCUUCAGUCGAAGACAAACAUGCAAAGGAUUUUUAUAUCAUUUACCUGGGAGAUCAACUGGGAAAUGGAGAUGAAGCUAUCAAGACACACGUAAAUCUCCUCUCCUCUUUAGAUAUAAGCCAAGAAGAAGCACAAGAAAGAAUGGUAUAUAGUUACACUAAAGUCUUCAACGCUUUUGCUGCCAAGCUUUCUCCACAUGAAGCUAAGAAGAUGAUGGAGAUGGAAGGGGUUCUUGGUGUAUUCAGAAAUCGGUAUAGGCAACUUCACACAACAAAAUCAUGGGAUUUCGUGGGACUUCCUCUGACAGCAAAAAGACAUCUUAAAGCAGAGAGAGAUGUUAUCAUUGGUGUUCUUGAUACAGGAAUAACUCCAGAUUCAGAGAGCUUCCAGGACCAUGGUCUAGGCCCUCCACCGGCGAAAUGGAAAGGAUCGUGUGGACCUUUUAAAAAUUUCACCGGAUGCAACAACAAAAUAAUCGGCGCAAAAUUCUUCAAGGCCGACGGCGUCCUUCCCAACGGCGAAGUCCGUUCACCUCUCGACAUCGACGGCCACGGGACGCACACAUCGUCCACCGCAGCCGGCGUUCUAGUCGCAAACGCGAGUCUCUAUGGCAUCGCAAGCGGAACCGCCCGCGGCGCGGUUCCGUCGGCGAGAGUGGCCAUGUACAAAGUGUGCUGGGCGAAAUCCGGGUGCGCUGACAUGGACAUCCUCGCCGGAUUCGAAGCGGCGAUCCACGACGGCGUAGACAUCAUCUCCAUCUCGAUCGGCGGUCCAAUCGCCGAUUACUCUUCCGAUUCGAUAUCCGUGGGGUCGUUUCACGCCGUGAGGAAAGGGAUCCUCACGGUGGCGUCCGCCGGAAACGACGGACCGUCAUCAGGGAGUGUGACGAACCACGAGCCGUGGAUAUUGACGGUUGCAGCGAGUGGGAUUGAUCGGACGUUCAAGAGCCAGAUCGAUCUCGGCAACGGCAAAUCAAUCUCUGGGAUGGGAAUAAGCAUGUUCAAGCCGAAAGCUAAAUCUUACCCGCUUGUAAGUGGCGUUGAUGCUGCUAAGACCAAAGACGACAAGUACUUGGCCAGGUACUGUUUCUCUGAGUACUUGGACAAGAAGAAAGUGAAGGGAAAUGUGAUGGUGUGUAAAAUGGGAGGAUCUGGUGUGGAGUCCACUAUUAAACGAUAUGGUGGUGCUGGUGCCAUCCUUGUUAGUGAUCAGUAUCUUGAUAACGCUCAGAUCUUCAUGGCUCCUGCCACUUCUGUUAAUUCCACCAUCGGCGAUUCCAUUUACCGUUAUGUCAACUCUUCAAGGUCACCAUCUGCGGUGAUUCAGAAGACCCGAGAAGUGACGAUCCCUGCUCCCUUUGUUGCUUCUUUCUCAUCAAGAGGUCCUAACCCUGGAUCCAUACGCCUUCUCAAGCCUGACAUUGCUGCACCCGGGGUUGAUAUAUUGGCGGCCUUCACUCUCAAGAGAUCACUCACUGGUUUAGACGGUGACACCCAAUUCUCAAAGUUCACCAUCCUCUCUGGUACCUCCAUGGCCUGCCCUCAUGCUGCUGGUGUUGCCGCUUAUGUCAAGUCUUUCCAUCCCGAUUGGUCUCCCGCUGCUAUCAAGUCCGCCAUCAUCACCUCAGCAAAACCGAUAAGCCGAAGAGUGAACAAGGAAGCUGAGUUUGCCUUUGGAGGAGGCCAAGUAAACCCAAGACGAGCUGCAAGCCCUGGCUUGGUCUACGACAUGGACGAUAUCUCCUAUGUCCAGUUCUUAUGCGGGGAAGGCUACAACUCAACCACUCUCGCUCCAUUGGUUGGGUCACGCUCCAUUAACUGCUCCACGAUCGUCCCUGGACUCGGUCAUGAUUCUAUAAACUACCCAACCAUUCAACUGACGUUGAGAUCUGCCAAAGCGUCGACGAUGGCUGUGUUCAGGCGGAGAGUCACCAACGUGGGACCACCAUCGUCGGUGUACAACGCCACCGUUAGAGCACCAAAGGGAGUAGAGAUAACGGUAGAGCCAAUGAGUUUGUCGUUUACAAAGGCUUCACAGAAGAGGAGCUUCAAAGUCGUGGUGAAGGCCAAGCAAAUGACUCCUGGGAAGAUUGUGUCGGGAUUGCUCGUGUGGAAGAGCCAACGCCACUCUGUUCGAAGCCCCAUUGUAAUCUAUAGUCCUUCUUCGGAUUGAAUUGCUCAUGGCAUUAAUUCUUCACUUCUUUAGCUGCUUCGUGUGUGUGUGACCAUAUAUCAUUAUCUAGAUUUUUGGUCAAAUAUAUUAAUUUCAUAUAGAAAUCCAA